CAAACGGUGGGAGAAAGGUUGCAUAGGAAAAAAACCAAACCCUAAGUCAAGCCCGCCUGCAAAAAUGUUGCAUUGUCACAUUCUUAUUAUGGAAGUUAAGUAAAAACCAAAACCAAAACCAAAAUCCAAAAUCAAACCACAACAGCCAAAUUGGACCUGGAGCUAAUGUGGAUGAGAAAAAGAGGGUGGGAAGAAAAGAAGCAGUCAAGCCCAUGGUUUUUCGGCAAUGCGAUGGGAAGUUUUUGGAGCAAUUUCUAGGAAUUAGGUCCCUUUCUUCCAUUUUCUUCUUGGCUUCUGAAGAAAGAACUUGGCUUUGGAUUGAAUGGAUUCUAAGGACUGCGUUUUAGACACACUUGGAUAAUUCCUCUACCUGAGGUGGAUUUGUGGGAAUUUAGGAAGCAGAGUGUGGAAAUCUAGCAGCCUUUGGAAUUCGCUGUUGAUGUGGAUGUAUCUACAUGUGCCCUAUUCAAGACCUUUCCAACAUCUUUUGAUCUUGAGAUUUGCCCUUUACUUUAAUUAGCUUCCAGGGAAGUCUAAACUUAAGACCUACCUCUUUUUGAAAAGGAUACUCAUUUUUCUACUUUUGCUUUCUGGGAUUGGUAUUUUAAGCAAUCUGGAUCAUUUUUAAUAUGUCAGAAUGUGUCUGCUAAUGUUUACACAACUCCUCCUCUGUGGAUUUGUAUAUUUUCAGGUUUAUGGAUCACGUCUUCGCCAGGAAGAUUUUCCUCCCAGGAUUGUGGAACAUCCUUCAGAUGUCAUUGUCUCUAAAGGAGAGCCAACAACUCUGAACUGCAAAGCAGAGGGCCGGCCAACUCCUACUAUAGAGUGGUAUAAAGAUGGUGAGAGGGUGGAAACUGACAAAGAUGAUCCCCGAUCCCACCGCAUGCUGCUGCCUAGUGGAUCUUUAUUUUUCUUGCGUAUUGUGCAUGGACGUAGAAGCAAGCCUGAUGAAGGAAACUAUGUCUGUGUGGCCAGGAACUAUCUUGGUGAGGCAAUGAGCCGCAAUGCAUCUCUGGAAGUGGCAUGUAAGUAA